GAGAGAAAGAUAUGCAUUUUGUCCCAUGCAUGUCUGUUACUGAAGCUCUUCGAUAACCUGUUUCCAGCCAUAACCUCUAUUUAUUUGCAGGAGAUUCUUUUCUUUAAUUUUGAAAAGGAUGUAUGCAAUUUAUAAGCAAACACACCCUCCGACAGGAAUCGAACACUGCGAGUACUGUCAAUUCUUUUCGUCAGCUGAAAACAAUCUUGUUGUGGCGGGAACAUCACAGCUUCGUAUUUACAAGUUCUAUACCCAAGACGAGCAUACUGCAACAGGAACAGCACCAUCAGACAAGACAGUAGAUGGUGCUACAAAGAGAAGGAAGUUGGAGCUUGUCAGCCAGUAUUCUUUGUUUGGCAAUAUAGAAUGCCUUAAAGCUGUAAGGUUAGCUGGAAAUUCACGGGACUCACUGCUAUUGAGCUUUAAGGAUGCCAAGUUUGCUGUUGUGGAUUAUGAUCCAGGCACACAUGACCUGAAGACAAGAAGUUUACAUUACUUUGAAGAUGAUAAAAUAACCAAGAGUUGUAAUCAAGAAUAUUUUCGGCCUCCUAUGGUAUGUGUGGAUCCUGAUCGACGCUGUGCAGUAAUGCUUAUCUAUGGCACACAUAUUGUGGUUUUGCCGUUCAGACAGGAAGGAGUGUUAGAAGAACAUGAACAGGAAGGAACUUUUACAGCCAGUGGAGAUCGUUCUCCUUUGUUGCCAAGUUACACCAUCAACCUCAAAGACAUUCAUGAAAAGUUGUGCAACAUUAUAGAUAUUCAGUUUCUUCAUGGCUACUAUGAACCUACGCUGUUAAUACUUUAUGAACCACUACAAACUUGGCCAGGCCGUCUGGCCAUGCGUCACGAUACAUGUGCUUUGGUAGCUGUAUCUCUGAAUUUAUCUCAGCGUACUUAUCCAGUUGUGUGGUCCCUGAAUAAUCUGCCAUUUGAUUGUAGUCAAGUUCUUGCUGUACCCAAGCCAAUUGGAGGAGUGCUGGUUUGUGCUACAAACUCUCUGCUUUACCUCAAUCAGAGUGUUCCACCAUAUGGCGUGUCAUUAAACAGCAUUGCUGAACACAGCACAGACUUUCCUCUGAAUGAUCUGGAUGAGUUGGAAGUGUAUGGUAAAGAAGAACAAUCUGGGGUGAAGUUAACAUCAUACACAUUUGAAGUAUCUGACAGUUUGCUUAACAUAGGACCUUGUACUAGUGUCGAUAUGGGAGAGCCUGCAUUUCUUUUGGAAGAGUUUUCUGGUAGCAAGGAGCUGGAUUUGGAACUUGUUUCAUGUUCUGGGUAUGGAAAAAAUGGGGCAUUAUCAGUUCUACAGCGAAGUGUGAGACCUCAAGUUGUGACAACAUUUGAGCUUCCUGGUUGUGUAGACAUGUGGACAGUGUUGUCUGGUGAACAGGUCUGUUAA